GCUACCCCGGCGGCGUCGACCUGCUCGCGGAGCAGGGCAAGCGCGUGAAGGAGCAGGGCGCCUCGCUGAUUCUCACGAGCCACGAGGAGACCGAGGUCAGCAUGGGCGACAGCGCAUUCAAAGUCCACGCGAUCACCCCCAACGAGUUCUGCUCGACGCCGGCUGUGGGCGUACACAAGCGCAACUGCAACCGCGCAGACGCGGACAACAAGUUCAUGGGGGCCGCCCUCCUCGCCAACAGCACCAGCCACGGCUUCAGGUGGCUGCUGCUCGGCGACGAUGACACCACUUUCCACCUCGACACCGUCGAGAAGGCCCUGGAGGGCUACAACCCGAAGGACCCCCACUUCCUGGGCAUGCUGAUCGGCAGGCGCGGCGACGCCGACAAGCGGCCCAAGGGCUACGAGAAAGCGCUGCGGAGCUGCCCCCGCCUGCAGCCCGCCGGCGGGCUCCGCUUCUGGUCUGCCAACACCACCUCCGACGUCACGGAGGUCAACAAGGACUGCGACCCGAAGCCAUUCCGCGACGACAGCUGGUUCCAGUGGGCCAAGGGCGGCAACGGCAUCAUCCUCAGCGCAGGCCUCCUGGACAGCAUCUCGUCCUCGGACUGGCAGCAGUGCGUGGACCGCAUCGUCACCUUCGGCGGCGACGUGCGCAUUGCGCUGUGCCUUGCCCUGCUCGGCCACCGCGUGGAGAAGCUGGAGGAGGGCGCGUCCGGCGCCCUCAGCGAGCACAAGCUGGACCUGGGCGUGCCCAGUCAGCACAAGUCCAAGGCGCAGGCGCAGCGCGGGGACAUGGUGCAGCACCUCAAAAAUGACAAGCUCUUCAGCCUGGCGAGCGCCCACAAGAAGGCUGCCCAGUCCGUCUCUGAGGACUGCGGCAGCUGGAAGGGCGAGGGGCUCUCCUGCGAGAUCGAGUACCCGGAGCACAACUUGGUGCGCGCGUGGAUCCCCCAGGACGCCACCGUGAUGGAGUUCGGGGCCAGGCGCCCCCGUUGA